AUGGAACCUUGGGAAGUGACAAGACUCAACAUGGAGGCCGCAUUUGUCUGUCUGGUGUCUGUUGUCGAAGACCUGACGAGACAGAAAUCCCAAGACAGGAUGGAUCUCUUAGUAGACAUUGAUGUUCCAGCCGAGGAGACUGGACCCCGUCCCAUGCUGCAGGACAUCAAGCCAGCUAUGACCAAGAUGCAAGGAUUCCUGGAUAUAGUUUAUUCACGACUGUCACUGUUUCUGACAUUCUUGGCUGUACUGGAGAACAAAGAUCAAGUACGAGCAGUGAAUGAUCUCAAAAUCAGAAGAGAUAUUGUAAAUGCACAUGCAAUUACAACUCUAGUCAGUGCGUUUGCAGCCCUUACCCAGACAGAUCAGAUGGCCAGCCCACAGUUCACUGACCAGCUGUGCUCCGUUGGGAUCUUAUUCCAGCUCGAGGGCCUUCUCAGUUGCUAUGGGAGUGAACUUUGCAUGCUAGAGGACACUAUCAUUAGUGUGGAGGACCUCAAUUAUGUCAGCUUCAGGCUGGUGCCUGCUAAUGAGAAGGAUUUCACACCAAAAGCUUCUUUGGGGAGUUUUGUGAGAGAAGGAGCGUAUCCAGAUAUAAGCAGACACAACAUUAUUAUUGACAUGCCAAUAGAGAAGGAUGUUUUCUCCCGUCUACCAAGAGAUCUCCAGCAAGGGAAACAAAUUAAAGUCACAGCCAUGGCUUUCAAUAUUGGCAUCAAUGAACAGGCUACUCUUGCAGAAAAAUUUGGAAGCACAGCUUUACAAGAAAGACUAAAUAUGGAGUCAUUUGCCAAAUUAUACGAGUACUACAUUCAGUACAGCAAAUACUAUGAUGAUCCAUUGGACAAGUCUCUGGGCCUGGGCUCCUUGCAUCACAUGGUCAAAAUGCUGCAGAAUAAUGUGAUGACCAAGAAGAGCAAAAAUGUAGAAGUCCUGCAUGUUGCGUCUGCUGUGACUAGGGCAUUGAGGGGAUUACGUGCAACUUUCUGUAAGAGUGGGAAAGACAGAACUGCCAUGGCUGUUACAUUAGAGAUGGUACAUAUACUCCAACGACAUCAUAACUUGGCCUCACAUGUCUUCAUACAAUCUUUGGACUGUUUACGAAGUGUUGGCUGUAGAAGAGACAAUACUUUGAAGAACACCGGAGUGAAAAAAUAUGCUUUCAUCAGCCUGCAGAUGUUGUACAUUCCCAAACUGUACCGAGCUCCGAGUGGGACAUACGGCAAUGUUCAAACAUAA